AUGGCGGGAUCCCAGACUGGGACCAGUUCUGGGGUCCCACGGCGGGAUUUGGACGAUGGGGGAGGGGCGCGGGGGGCCAAUUUUGGGGGGUCCCGCCAAUGGGACGGCCCCUCCCGCCCCUCCCCCCGCAGGAGCCGCGACCCCCGGCUCUACUCGGUGCUCCUGGGGGUGCGGGAGCUGUCGGGGCCCCCCGGGGUGGGCGUGGCCGUGCCCUUGGCCGAGCUCCUCCCCCACCCGGCCUACGCGGGCGAGGCCACGAGCGGGGACAUCGCCCUGGGCCGCCUGGCCCGGCCCGUCGCCUUCGGCCCCACCGUGCGCCCCGUCUGCCUCCCCUCCCCCACCCUCACCUUCCCGCCCGGCACCCGCUGCGUCGCCACCGGCUGGGGGGACGUCGGAGAGGGAGGUGAGGGGGCAACUGGGGGCCACUGGGGGGCAGCUGGGGGCAACUGGGGGCGAGGAGGGUCAACUGGGGGCGAGGAGG